CAAUCAAAAUUCAUAUUCGCAAGCAGUGAGAGCAGAAAACAGGUGGGUAAUAAGACAAUCUGAGUCUCCUCCUGUUAAAACCUGUGUCCAACACCUGAACCACUAGAGAGAAAGGAGCUCCAGAGGAGGUUUCAGCUGAACACUGACCUCUCUCUCCUCGUUCAACACAUUAUUUAUCUCUGAACUUCUUUAAAUAAGGACUACUGUAAUGGCGCCAAUGAAGCAGCUCUUCAUCUUUUGCCUGAUAGCAACAGCAGCGGUAGAAAGCGCAGAAGACUCCAGCGCUCCUGUCACGACCACGGGCGCUCCUGUCACGACCAUGGGUGCUGCUGACGCGACGACAGGCACUUCUGCCACGACCACAGGCGCUCCUGACAUGACUACGGACGCUCUUGCCAUGACCACGGGCGCUCUUGUCACCACCACAGGCGCUCCUGACAUGACCACAGGCGCUCUUGUCACAACCACAGGCGCUCCUGACAUGACCACAGGCGCUCUUGUCACAACCACAGGCGCUCCUGACAUGACCACGGGCGCUCUUGCCAUGACCACGGAUGCUCUCAUCACAACCACGGGCGCUCCUGACACGACCACGGGCGCUCUUGUCACGACCACAGGCGCUCCUGACACGACGACGGGCGCUCUUGCCACGACCACGGGUGCUCCUGACACGACCACGGGCGCUCCUGUCACGACCACGGGUGCUGCUGACAUGACCACAGGCGCUUCUGCCACGACCACAGGUGCUCCUGACAUGACCACGGGCACUCUUGCCACGACCACGGACACUCUUGUCAAGACCACAGGCGCUCCUGUCACGACCAUGGGCGCUCCUGUCACGACCAUGGGUGCUGCUGACGUGACGACAGGCACUUCUGCCACGACCACAGGCGCUCCUGACACGACCACGGACGCUCUUGUCACCACCACAGGCGCUCCUGACAUGACCACGGGCGCUCUUGUCACAACCACAGGAGCUCCUGACACGACCACAGGCAUUCCUGCCACAACCACGGGCGCUCCUGCCACGACGACGGGCGCUCUUGUCACAACCACAGGCGCUCCUGACACGACCACAGGCAUUCCUGCCACAACCACGGGCGCUCCUGCCACGACCACGGGCGCUCUUGCCAUGACCACGGGCGCUCCUGACACGACCACGGGAGCUCCUGACACGACCACGGGUGCUCCUGACACGACGACGGGCGCUCUUGUCACCACCACAGGCGCUCCUGACAUGACCACAGGCGCUCUUGUCACAACCACAGGAGCUCCUGACACGACCACAGGCAUUCCUGCCACAACCACAGGCGCUCCUGCCACGACGACGGGCGCUCUUGCCACGACCACGGGCGCUCCUGACACGACCACGGGAGCUCCUGACACGACCACGGGUGCUCCUGACAUGACCACGGGCGCUCUUGUCACGACCACAGGCGCUCCUGACACGACCACAGGCGUUCCUGACACGACCACAGGCGUUCUUGCCACGACCACGGACGCUCCUGACACGACCACGGGUGCUCUUGUCACAACCACAGGCGCUCCUGACACGACCACGGGCACUCUUGCCAUGACCACGGACGCUCCUGACACGACCACGAGUGCUCUUGCCUCAACCACAGGCGCUCCUGCCACAACUACUGGUGCUUCUGACACAACAACAGGUGCUCUUGCCACGACCACGGGCGCCCCUGACACGACCACGGGCGCACUUGUCACAACCACAGGCACUCCUGACAUGACGAUGGGCACUCUUGUCACGACCACAAGCGCUCUUGCCUCGACCACAGGCGCUCCUGCCACAACUACUGGUGCUUCUGACACAACCACGGGCGCUCUUGCCACGACCACGGGCGCUCCUGCCACGACGACGGGCGCUCUUGGCACGACCACGGGCGCUCCUGACACGACCACGGGCGCUCUUGUCACAACCACAGGAGCUCCUGCCACGACCAUGGGCACUCCUGACACGACCACGGGCACACUUGCCACGACCACGGGCGCUCCUGAUGCGACCACGGGCACUCUUAUCACGAUCACAAGUGCUCUUGCCUCGACCACAGGCGCUCUUGCCACAACUACUGGUGCUUCUGACACAACCACGGGCACUCUUGCAACGACCACGGGCACUCCUGACACGACGACGGGCGCUCUUGCCACAACAGUGAGUGCUCUUGCCACGACCACAGAAAGCCCAGGUCCCUGUGAUUCGAACCCUUGCCCUCGAGACAGCAGAUGUGAGGAGCUCUUUGAGGACUUUAGGUGUUUGUGUCGGCCAGGACUGCACUAUGAUGAGAAGCAGAAGAUAUGUUCUCUCGGAAGAAUUUUCCCCAGUGUAUUAAGAUGGAACACAUCGUUUAAUUCAGCAAUGGAAAAUAAGGAUUCACCAGAGUUCAAACAUAUGUCAGAGAAAAUUAUUACUGCGCUCAGUGAAACUUUUAAUGAUCAACAAGGAUACCUUGGAUCUACAGUUUUGGAGUUAAGGGAAGGCAGUGUGAUCGCAGAUGUGGACACUUUCUUUGAAGUUGCAUCAGAAGUCACAGAAGCCUUCGUAAAUGAGUUAUUAAGUAAUGCAACGGAAAAGGGUGGACCUCUUUCUGGUGUCGAAGUUAAAACAAUGAACGCAUGUUCUACGGGAUACUGUGAUGAGAGAACCACACAUUGUGAUCCUCAAAAUGGUAUUGCUCUCUGCCGUUGCAGAGAAGGAUAUGUGAUUUCGGCUGCAACAGAACAGGUGUGCGUUGCUUGUCCCAGCGGCCAGAAAUCAGUGGAUUCAAAGACGUGUAUACCAUGUGCUUUUGGUUAUUCUGGUUUCAACUGUAAUGAAUCAUAUCUCUUGGCUGUGGUCAUCAGCUCUUCUGUUUUGGGCGCACUGCUACUUGCCGCUGUUGUGACCAUUAUAGUUGUGAACUUCAGGCCAAAGAAAAGCAUCAAGUCUUCACAUGACAGUGAUAUGUUCAGUGACAUGGAGUUCCAUAAACCUCCAAGAAUUCCCAGAAUCCCACGGGCCAACCCUAACUCUGGCUGGGAACUGGCCAAUCUGGAAACGUUGGACAGUGGAAGCACAUAUGCCCUGAUGACCAAAGGUCAGCCAGAGGGUAUAGCGAUGGAAAAAUACUAUAAUGCCUAUAAUGAUGAAUCAAGAUUCUAUGGGAGCCAACCCCCUUCCAGAAAUGGUUAUUGGAAUAGCAGUGUGUAUGGGAGCGGGAAUGGGUAUGGGAACGGGAAUGGGUAUGGGAGUGGGAAUGGGUAUGAGAAAAGCAAAGUGUAUGGGAGUGGGAAUGGGUAUGGGAGUGGGAAUGGGUAUGAGAAAAGCAAAGUGUAUGGGAGUGGGAAUGGGUAUGGGAAUGGGAAUGGGUAUGGGAGUAGCGAUGGCUAUAGGGCCAGGGCAGUGAUUAAUGGCUCCAGGGACACAAGGAGCACUAACUAUGAUCAAGGUGAUGACAGAAUUCACAGCAUGACUGACUCUACCAUGUCUGCCGCGACCCAAUACACUUCUGACGCAGCCACAGUCACUUCUGACGCAGCCACAGUCACUUCUGACCCAGCCACAGUCACUUCUGACGCAACCACAGUCACUUCUGACGCAGCCACAGUCACUUCUGACCCAGCCACAGUCACUUCUGUCCCAGCCACAGUCACUUCUGACCCAGCCACAGUCACUUCUGAUGCAGCCACAAUCACUUCUGACUCAGCCACAGUCACUUCUGUCCAAGUCACAGGCACUUCCGAUGCAGUCACAGGCACUUCUAACCCAGUCACAGGCACUUCUGACCCAGUCACAGGCACUUCUGACCCAGUCACAGGCACUUCUGACCCAGCCACAGUCACUACGGACCCAGUCACAGCCACAAUGACAGCCAUUGCCACUACAAUAGGUCCCUGUGGUUCAAACCCUUGCCCUCGAGACAGCAGAUGUGAGGAGGUCUAUGACGGCUUUAGGUGUUUGUGUCGGCAGGGACUGUUCUACGACGUAAACGUGAAUUUCUGUAUUCUCGGAAAGAUUUUCCCCAGUGAACUAACAGUGAAUACAACAUUUAAACCAGAAAUGGAAGACAAUAAGUCAGAAGUAUUCAAAACAGCAGCAGAUGAAAUCGUUACAGCGCUCAAUAACAUUUUUGAAGGUCAACAAGGAUACAUGGGAUCUACAGUUUACAGUAUAAGGAAAGGCAGUGUGCUCGCAGACGUGGAAAGUUUCUUCCUUGCUUCAUCAGAGGUCAAUGAUGCAUUAGUAAAUGGUUUGUUAACUAGUGCGACAAAUGAAAGUGGUGGACUUUUUACUGGAUUUGCACCAAGGAAAACAAGUUGUAAGGAAUACUGUGAUGAGAGGACCACAGUUUGUGAAACUAUAGAUGGUCUUGCCACCUGCACUUGCAAAGCCGAAUAUGUGAUUUCGACUACAACAGAACAGUUCUGCGUUGCUUGUCCCAGCGGUGAGAAAGCAGUGAAUUCGGAGACGUGUGAAGCAUGUGAUUUUGGUUAUUCUGGUUUCAACUGUGAUGAAUAUUAUCUCUUGGCUGUGGUGAUUAUCUCUUGUGCUUUGGGUGCGCUGUUAAUCGCCGCUCUUGUGGCUGUUAUAGUUCUGAGCUGCAGAGAGUCAAAGAAAAGCACCCAGUUUUCAGACGACAGUGGUGCGUUUGGUGACAUGAAUUUCCAUAAAUCUGUAGGAAUUCCCAGAAUCCCACGGGCAAACCAUAAUUCUGACUGGGAACCAGCUAAUCUGGAAACGUCAGACAGUGGAAGCACACGUGCCCUGGUGACUAAAGACCAGCCAGAGAACAUAGCGAUGGAAAAGUACUAUGAUCCCUACGAUUAUGACACUAGGGGCAAUAGGAGCCAGACCCCCUCCAGGAAUGGGUAUGGGAAUAGGAAUGAGUAUGGGAAUGGGUAUGGCUCCAGAGGCACGAGGAAUCCCUACUAUGAUCCAGACGAAGACAGAAUCUGA